CUGUUUUUAGAAAAUGACUCCCAUUUAAAGUCAAGUGAAGAGGCCCUUAUACACUUAGAGGAAGUUAUAUCUCAUGUUAUUUCCGAGGCUGUUGAGUAUGCCGAUAAACCCCCUGAAGAACGGACACUUCCUGCUCUAGUUCGGAAGUCUGUUACUCAACCUCGCAGGAAUCCUGCGGUGAGCAGUUACGGCAAUAUCGCGAUCCCAAGCAAUGGGUCUCAUAUUAUGGGGUUUGGUCAAAUGGGAACAUACGGAUUUUCUCAAGUUCAGCCUCAAGCUCAUGCGAACCCUCGGUUUGCAGUACAAAAUAAUGCCAUAUUGCAACAAAAUCCCCAACGUAUUAUGACGCAAUACAACGGCAUUCAACCUAGCCAGUACCACACACAAAACGCUCAGAUACAUCAGCAGUAUACUCAAGCCGCUCAGCAGUUUCAAAUCCAGCAGCAGCAGGCCCAAUAUCACAUGCAGCUUCAGCAACAACAGGCCGCGGCAGCCGCAGCAGCUCAACAGCAGCAGCAGCAGCAACAGCAAAUGAUGUAUGCGGGAAGCACGUCUUUUUCGGUGGUACCACCGGCGACCCCAUCCUCCACCCCCACCGCUGUCACUUCUAGCAAUCCCCAAGCGGCAGCAGUCCCAGCACCUCCUUUGGCUGUCUCUCCCACUGGGGGUCAGCAGCAGUCGCUGACCCCUCAACAACUCCAUCAACUCUCUGCUGCGUAUGCCGCCGCGCAUCAACUACCUGGUAAGUUUCUUUAA